AUGUCAAACCUUUUCAAUCACAAAGUUUUUGUUUACGGAACUUUGAAAAAUGGACAACCAAAUUAUCAUAUUUUAACUAAUCAAGAAAAUGGAUUUUCUAAAUUUGUGUCAAUUGGAAAAACAAGUCAGAAAUUUCCUUUGGUCAUAGGUUCAAGGUACAACAUUCCUUUCUUGUUAAACCGACCGGGAUUAGGAAAUCAUGUGGUUGGUGAAAUUUAUUCAGUUGACGAGAAAAUGUUUGCACGAUUAGAUGUCCUUGAAGAUUAUCCAGAAUUUUAUGAUCGUGAGAUUCUCGACAUUGACAUUGGAGAUGGAAAAGAGAAAUUAAAAUGUUGGGUUUAUUUUUUAAAGAACUUUCCCGAGAAAUUACUGAACUUGCCUCAUAUUACUGAAUAUAAAUGUGAAAAUGAAUUUCCAUACCAAAGUGAAAGCCAAAAUGUGUCAAACAUCCUUUCCAAAGAAAAUCUUUAA